AUGGUAUACACCGGCAAGCCGUCAAGGGCAUGUCAGAUGUGCAAGUCUCGUCGAAUAAAAUGUGACGAAGAACGGCCGAGUUGCGGACAAUGCCUAAAGUCUGCGCGCAAUUGCCCUGGCUACCCUGACGAGUUCGACCUUAUAUUCCGCAAUGAGAAUGUCGCGUUGGCGCGGCGUGCUCAACGCUCGUCGACGUCUAAGAAUUCUUAUUCCUCCAACAAAUCAUCUCCGACCUCUACUUCUCCUACGCUUCAGCGAUCUCCAGCAUCAUAUCACGGUGAAAGUUCAUCUGCAUCAUCAUUGACGCCAGGCAGCGAACCAGAGGAACUUUUUCCAAUAGCACGACAAGAAUUGUCUAUGACAGCAGACUUACUUACACCAACAAUUCUACCCAGUCUGAAUCCUUCAACGCAAACUCAAGCUACAUCGUUCUUCUUUCACAAUUUUGUACAUUUGCCAAGAGAGGCCGAAAGUGUACGAGGAUUCCUUGAAUAUCUUGGACCGGUAUACCUCAAAGCUGGUACCAGAUCGCCUCUACAGGAUGCUACACAUGCAGUCGCACUAUCUGCAUUCGGACGCUACCCGGAAAGGAAUGACGUUCUCCGUCAAGCAAGGGUCAUAUACGGGCAAGCUUUACACAAGGUAAACGAGGCUCUCAGAGAUCCAGUCAAGGCCAAGUCCGACGAGACGUUACUUUCGAUACUUCUCUUCUCGCUAUACGAAGUAAGUGUCGAAUCCAAUAUCGUCUAUGCUCGCUCUGCCGCCCUGGCUGCUGGAUUUGGUCAAGCCUCCAGGGCUCGCUCUUUCAUUCUCUCCGGAAUUGCUUCUACUGGCCUCUCAAAUUCGGCCAGACUAACUCAAGAACAGGAAAUCGUAUCGACAAGUGAGCUGGAAACACAAAACUGGAAUCAUCACGUUGACGGCGCCGUGGCAUUAGUCAAGAUGCGGGGCACAGAACAGUUCAAUAAUCCCCAAUCUUACAACAUAUUUCGUGCGGUGAGAUCGAUGAUGCUCACUAACUGCGUCCAGAGGAAGAAGCCCGUAGACACAUUUCCAGGCGAGAAUGGUUGGAAAGGCAAGGACACCGAAGAAAACGCUGCCAAUCGUCUCACCAUGAUAUCCAUGGAACUGCCAGAGAUCAGAAGCCGCUUUGAAACUCUACAGAGCGGCCAAGCAUCUGGAGAUGUUUCGACAGAGGUAAAUGCUUUACUGCAGAGCACAAAGAAAAUGGAUGCCGGUCUAGAGAACUGGGCAGCGACGCUUCCAUCCACUUGGAAUCCUCAAAUAAUUUCCAUCGUCGAAGAUUCUGAUACUGACAUCAUGCUCUGUCCCGAAUGGCCUGGCCCACAGCAUAUAUAUAACGACGUGUUCGUCUCGAACAUCCAGAAUGACUAUCGGGUCACCCGUAUCUUUUGCCAGAUUGUCAUCAUGGGCUGCUUAAGUAUCAUCGGCGAUAUGGGCCAAAAUUCGGACUUCGAGAUGCUACGUGCCCAAUACACGUCUCAGCAGAUGGUGAAUGAUAUCUGCUCCUCAGUCCCUUUCCACAUGAGCUUCGACAUGCAUAGUAGGCCAAGGACAACGGGAGACGAGAAUAAAGCUGCCGAAGCGCUAGGUGCAUAUUUCCUCGCCUGGCCACUUUUUGUAUGCAACAGGGUCCCAAACGUCUCGGAACAGCAGCGGAUGUGGAUAGCAGGUCGCCUUAUGCGCAUCGGUGUUUCAUUUGGUCUUGAUGCGGCACAACUAGAGAGUAUCGCUCGUCGUGGAGCUAAGAUGAGCAUCAACCCAUCUCAGAUCGGCUGA